CUCGCGGAGGCAGUGAAAACCUCCGGUGGGUAUAUGCGCUCGCAGAUGUCAUGUGAAACCCCGCAUGCUGGCCUUACCGCACAACUGAAGAGUCCGAGCACCGCUUCUCGCACCUCUGGAAUGGUUUUGCACAGUAGUCUCCCUCUUUGAAGAGACCAAACUUCACCACCGAGGAUUUUGUUUUUUUACUCUGGUUUAUGUUUGUUUCUUCAUGACUGACGCGUUCGGGAGCGAGUCGCCACCACUAUGCGAGCCCAAAUCGAAGUCAUACCAUGCAAAAUCUGUGGAGACAAGUCAUCAGGCAUCCACUAUGGAGUCAUCACAUGUGAAGGCUGUAAGGGUUUCUUCAGACGCAGUCAACAGAACAACGCGUCCUACUCCUGUCCCCGACAGCGCAACUGCCUGAUCGACCGAACAAACCGCAACCGCUGCCAGCACUGCCGGCUUCAAAAGUGCCUGGCACUGGGCAUGUCCCGGGAUGCUGUUAAGUUUGGCCGCAUGUCCAAGAAGCAGAGGGAUUCUUUGUACGCAGAGGUUCAGAAACACCAGCAGAGGCUUCAAGAGCAGCGGCAGCAACAGACGGGUGAAGCGGAGGCCCUCGCCCGUGUUUACUCUUCCAGCCUCACCAACGGCCUCAGCACCCUCAACCAUGAGAUUGGGGGGACGUACGCUAACGGUCAUGUCAUAGACAUGCCCAAGGGUCAACCCAACGGCGCACCCGGAGGCUACUACGGAAUGGACUCCACACAGGCCAGCCCGGAUCAGUCAGGACUGGACAUGACUGGAAUGAAGCAGAUCAAACAGGAACCCAUAUACGAUCUCACCCCCGUUCCCAACCUUUUCACCUACGGCUCCUAUCAAGACAGCCAGCUAGCACCUGGAGUGUCUAUGGGGGAAUUAGACCGAAUUGCACAGAACAUCAUAAAGUCCCACCUGGAGACGUGUCAGUACACAGCGGAGGAGCUUCAGCAGCUAGCCUGGCAGACGCACUCCUACGAAGAGGUCAAGAUGUACCAAAGCAAGACACGGGACGUGUUGUGGCAGCAGUGUGCUAUACAGAUAACUCAUGCCAUUCAGUACGUGGUAGAGUUUGCAAAGCGCAUCACUGGCUUCAUGGAGCUUUGCCAGAAUGACCAGAUAUUACUACUUAAAUCAGGGUGCCUGGAAGUAGUGCUGGUCAGAAUGUGCCGGGCAUUCAACCCCCUCAACAACACGGUUCUGUUUGAGGGGAAAUAUGGAGGCAUGCAGAUAUUUAAAGCUCUAGGCUGUGAUGACCUGGUCAGUGCAGUGUUUGACUUUGCCAAGAGUCUGUGUUCACUGCAGUUAACGGAAGAAGAGAUUGCCCUGUUUUCUGCUGCCGUGCUCAUUUCUACAGACCGGCCGUGGUUAAUGGAGCCCAGGAAAGUGCAGAAGCUACAAGAGAAAAUCUACUUUGCCCUGCAGCACAUCAUGCAAAAGAACCAUCUGGACGAGGAUGCGCUGGCCAAGCUGAUUAGCCGGAUCCCCACGCUGUCGGCUCUGUGCACCCUCCACACAGAGGAGCUUCAGGCCUUCCAGCAGCUCCACCCAGAGACGGUUAACAUGCUGUUUCCCCCCCUCUAUAAGGAGCUUUUCAAUCCUGAUGCCGCUGGCGUCAUGCCCAAAUGACCGCGCACGUUCACACGCACACUUCGCAAAGUCUUUCAUUCAACAACCGGAGGCGUUGCAGAGGAUGAGCACUGUGUCGCAGCAUCCGCAGAUUUUGCAGCCACAAAAAAAUGAAACUCUAGGAAUGUCCUGCACUUCAAAAAUCCAACUCAAUUUCACCGGUACAGUCAUAAGAAUGUAUAUAUGCGCCAGCAGCAAAAGGCGCCUUCCGUUUGACCAGAAAUGUACAGACUUUAGGACAAUUUAAGCUGUCUUUAAAUUGGGUAAGUUAAUUUGUUUGACUUUUCUCGCUCUCUCUCUCUCUCACUUUUUUUAUUUUACACAAAAUAUUGUUCUAUUGAAAUGAGAAGGUGGGGAGUGCAUUCGAAAUUAUAAUGUAGUCUUUCUCUAGUACAAAGCGGUAUUCCAGUAUUAAAUCUUGUUCUGUUAAUAUUUUAGUCAUAAUUUAAAAACAACAGUGGUCUGAAAGACCCGUACCUUGUCUAAUUGUAAUUUUUCGUAUUUGUUUUGUAGUUUUACCUGUACAGAAUAUGUGAAGUUGAAACUGGUAUAAGGUUAACGGGGGACUAACUUUGUUUGGCCACGUUUAAAAGCCUUGUCUGGGCUAUGUAGAUAUGUAUAAACGCCACCACAACAAUAAUCCUACAACUAAGGAUUUUGAAGUGGAAAAAUAAUUGAUAAUAAUUGAUACUUUUCCAUACAAAAGUAUAGAGAUAUAUAUUUUACAAAAAUUGUAUGGCCGAUUACCAUCUUGUCAGUCAUAGCUGCAGUUUCUGUAACUGCUAAAAAAAACAAUCUGGUCAAACGUGACUUCACGGAAAGCCCUCAGAAUUCUUUGAAUCUAUUAUCCUGUUUGCUCUAAAUGCCUCAAAAUGCUGUUUUUACUGCCACACUGCCAAAACUAAUAUAGCACUACUGUAGUUGAGCUGCAGCUGUUUGUCUGGGAAGACAGGAAUCACUAGUACAGUACAUGACCAUUUACUGCCAGUGAUAAGAAGUUAAACGUAACUCUUUUCUGCCACAUUCAUACAUCAUUCUCUGACUUUAGCAAUAAUGCCCAGGACAGGCUGGGUCUGUGGUAUUCUUAACUUUAUGCUAAAUGUAAAGCACUCAUCCUCAUCAAUUUAUUAACUGUUUUUUGGACAAUGCAUAAUUCAAGGUAAAAAUCAGUCAGUUGCAAAAAUUAAGUUUUAUAAAGAAACAAUCAUGAAAUUUAAGUAAUAAGGUGGAGCUGACUAAAUAUUUUUUUUAUACAUUCUAUUGGAAUUUUAAUCAUGAUUUAGAACUAAUCCUGAAAGAUCACAAUCAAUUAAUUCCUAUAUAAAACUAAGAUCCCAGUGGAUAAACUGCAAUUUUACAUGUUCUUAUUUAUGUAUUUAUUAUUUUAUUUAUUUAUUAACUUUUUCAACAAAAAGUGCAACAUUUAGGAAUAAAAAAGGAAUAUUGUUCCAAUUCGGUAAUUGUCUUUGGAUCUACCGGAACAAUUUUAGAAACAAUCUGAGCAAAUAUGACAGCAUUACCAGUCAUUCUUAAACAACCACAGAGAAGUUUCCUAUAAUUCAAUAUUGCUGAGCAUCCUUAACUUGCUGUAAUCCACUGUUUGUAAAAUCUUAAUGCAAGUGGGAUAUGACAAUCAUCUUUGACUACUCAUAUUGCAGGAUAGAACCACAAAAUGCAGCUACUAUAAAUUAGGGUACCUAUUAAUUCUACAAAGGUAGUUUGGGUUUGGACCCUUUCGGUCCAAGGUAAAUCUUGUAAAGUACCAACUCAUACCACCAGGUGGAGAUACUGAGAGAGCUUUUCCCCCUUCUCUUGACCUGUACUCACAGGAUGUAAAGCCAUAUGUCAGUUUCUUAUGAAGGAAAAAACACAAACACGCAAGCUAGGAGUUGACAUGCGGUUAUACCGAUCAGUGAAUUUUUAGUAGGUCUUGAUGCAUUUAUAUUUUGAAAUGCACUUGAAAGCACUUAACAAUGAAGGAUUAAUAACUACAGAUGGUAUUGGUAUUAAAACAUGCACAAAUGUAGUCUGCUGAGAAGCAAUUAUACUACCUGUUCAAGUCCUCCUACUGAACCAAACGCUCUCAGCCCAACUUUAGGGAAUGUUUCCAGUUCCUUCAGUGUCAGUUACCUGUUCAAGACAAUCAUUUCUGGGUGCAUUUUUUCUUGGCACCCAUCUCAGGGACUUCUCUUUUAAUGUUUUUAAUAGAAAGAGAGUACUAUUUAAAAAAAAAAAAAAGGACAUUUUUAGGGAAUAAAAUACAAUCACAGCGGUUUCUUCACAUACAAAACCAACCCAGACAAGGCUUUGGUGUGUGUGUGUGUGUGUGUGUGUGUGUGUGUGUGUGUGUGUGUGUGUGUGUGUGUGUGCGUGUGCGUGCGUAAAGCGUAUACCCACCGUUGAGAGGUGAAACAAGCUUGACUGUGGAGAAGGCCUCGCCGCACUGCAUCGCUUGUUGCACAUCCCAGCAAAACAGCUCUCUCUCUCUCUCUCUCUCUCUCUCUCUCUGUAAAUAUCAAUGUGCAGCAGUGUACUAGCAACGGUGCCUGUGCUCCAAAUUAAAACGUUGUAAUUAUUAAGCAUCUCCUGAAAUGAAAUGGAUUUUAUGUAAGUUAGAUUAUUUAUACAGGGCAUGAAUAAGCUGCUCUCUAUCUAUUUCUAUGCUCAUUACAGAAAAUGGAUUCAGUCAGAAAUCAUUUUAAACUUAUGAUGAAGGUUUUUUUUUCGUAUUAGACUGUGAAUUGAGGGCGAGAGGAAUUUGUAUCUAUAUGAGAGGUUCAACACUGUUAGGUACUGUAGCAAUAACUGGAAGCAUUUACUACAGUCAUCUUUGCAUUCUAAGAUUAUUUUUUAUUUUAUUAUAAUUAUAUUAUUAUUAGCCUAUUGUUCAGUUAUUCUUGCAUGCUGGUUCAUAAUAAUGAAACCUUUGGGCUUUUGUGUUUUCUUAUGUGUUGCUGAUGGAGGGUGGGCAAUGGGGAGGGGGUGGAGCUGGGCUCGGGCUUUUUAUUCUGAAUGUUUCUGGGGUGUUGACGGAACUCAACACACCCUGUUCAUUCUUUUCGCGCACACAGACAUAAGCACAAAGUAUUUCUUACUGUGUAGGAAUAAAACAAGGGCACAGAAGGUCAAAACGUACUUUUACUCAAGCGCGCGGAAUCAAAGCUUAAAGACGCCGGUGGUUACGCACUAGGGGCGUUAUGGCGGGAAUUUUUCCAUGAGGACAAUUCUAUUAUGUGGGAGCAACAGUUAGUUAAUGUCUGUUUACUACAACUUACCCGAGUAAUAACAUCUGGGGUUCUGUCAGAUACAUCUUGAAUGUAACUUUAUCGCCCUCGUGAGGUUUGUUGUAGCCGCUAAAACCAGGGCUGUCCAAACUCGCUCCUGCAGGACCGGUGUCCUGCGGAGUUUCGCUCCAGCCCUAAAUCAGACACACCUGAAGCAGCUAGUCAGUGUCUUACUAGGCAUGUUAGAAACUUCCAUGCAGGUGUGUUGAGGCCAAUUGGAGCUAGACUCCGCCGGACACCGGCUCUCCAGGACCGCGUUCGGACAGCCCUGCGUAAACCAACGCAAGGGCUCGCGUUGGGAGUGCGUCGAUUAAGCGCUUGCGUCUGCGUACUUUGAGUAUGUGUCAGCUCCUAAAAAAGCGACCCCGUACCAGCAAACCAGCUAUAAGUAUAAUUAAAAAAAUGUAGAUUUGUGCAUCUUCUGAAAGCUAAAUAUAUAAGCUUUUCAUUGAUGUAUAGAAAAUACAUUUGUUAGGAUGGGCACAUUUUGAAACUAUUUUAAAAUAGAAAAAAAGGAAAUUCAAAAUAUUGAGAAAGUUGUCGAUGAAUGACAAGUACUUAUUACAAAAAAUACAAAAAAUGCUCAUGGAACAUGAUUUUUAGGCUACUUCAUAUUCUAAUGAAUACAAAUUUGAUCCAUACAAUGCAUAGUUGGCUAUUGCUGCAAAUAUACACAUUAUACCGAUGAGUGGUUUUGUGGUCCAGGGUCACAUAUUAGCAGUCUCUUAUACUUCCGCUAAUUGAGUUAUAUCAACUACAUUAGUCCUACACUUGAAAUGAAGGAAACGUGUCUGUGUGUGAUUUUGAGUGGUAUACCCACAUGUGACAACAGACGGCUAUUCUACUGAACACUACUGAUGCAUACUACACAUUUCAGUUUUUCCCCUUUUCUUUUCUUAAAUAUUUUGUUAAUUUAUGAAUCGGAAUGUGUCUGUCUCCCUCGAUGAAAAAACAACAACAAACAAAGGUAGCAUCUGUUACCAAAACCCUUAAGACUGUAUGCGUGCAGCAUCUUUUUAUGUACUAAAUAUGUAAACAUUUUUGUUUUCAAGUGCCAUAGCUAGUGUGAAGUGAAGCUGAAUGGCAUUACGGGGUAGAUGCUUUACUGUAUAAGUUGUUUACUUGAGAAGCAAUCAAAAAGUGGAAUUCAGAUGCAAGUGUGAAUAUUCAAACAACCAACUGUUUGUUGUUCAUGGAGAACGGGCUCUGAUUGACAGAACUUUAGCGCAUGUCCACAAUACAAAUAAAGCACAUGUAGCAUGGGAGGGUGGGGGCUUCUGUUAACUUGCCAACAGUUUGAGUGUGUGUGUGUGUGUGUUGUAUGUACUGUAUAAGUGAGUUGGACUGUAAGACAGUAUAGAAAUGAAUGGUGAAUAGCACUUUGUGUGAUGGACUGAAUACGUAUGCAUGUACUCGUUUGAGUCUGGGGGGGUGGGUUGAGCUUGAUGUGCAAGCAUUGUGAAAUGGACAUGUCAAAGUACUGGUUAAUCGAGACCUCAAAGUGUCUCCUCCAUGUUGUAUAUACUAAGCGAAGGACUUAAGUGAUUUUUGUUAAAUUCUAUAUUUUAUGGCUUUUGUAGACAUUUCUUUGUGGGAUAAAAAAAAAUAAAGAAAAUUUUAUGGA